CACGCUGCUCCUCGGCACGGCCGCACUACCUGCUGCCGCGCAGUUUAUCUCCCUCUGCCUCCCCAGCCUCCUCCCGCAUCGAAUAACUGAGCGAUCCCGCAACAUCUUUGUCUCACUGCAGUCCCUGUCGCAGACGUCAAAAAACAGCCCUGUUUCAGAAAGUGUCAAGACUCAUUAUGCUGGGUUCGGACGUCCUGUCCGGCUGAGGAGCUCGAGAUGCUGCACAGCGUCAGACCGAGCCUCCUGUUGCGGGGCCUGACUCUGUUCCUGUUAGGUCCGGCCUGUGAAGCCUCUUCUCUGGGGCUGACAGUCCACGCCGUGCCCCUUGACAGCGAUGGAGGGAAAACGGUGCGGGCUCACUUCGGUGCCAUCGCUCCCGGUCCGUGUCCAGCUUUGUCUGGACUGUGUGCUGUAGGGGAGGACUGCCUGGUCCACUCUACCUCCUUGCCUUUCAACGGCACCGAACCCCCGUCUGGCUGGUGUGUCCGCCAGUGGCAGAAAACUGUCCCCAGUAAUUACAAAGCCUCCAUCAGAUUAGGGUCCAACACAGAAGUUUAUGUAUCAAUGGAAGCAGGACCAAAGGUUCGGGAAAACAGUGGGAGACUCAAUCAACCUGCUUUUGUUGCUCUCCCUCCUCCACUUAGAGCCCGUGUGAACUGCCCUCACCACUUCUAUCUGUCCGUGAAAGACCUGGAUGGGGACAAGGUGCGAUGUCGCUUCGCCCGGCCCGACCGAGGAGAGUGUCUCAGCUGCACUCAGCACUCCUUUAUAGAACUGGACGAGGAGAAAUGUAUGUUGACAUUCACUGGAGAGGCACCAGCAGGGCAAUAUUUCAUCUACCUGAUGGCAGAGGACCUGAUUCCUGUGCCAAAAACAAGCCGCCUCACAGAUAACGCACCCCUCAGCUCUGUCCCUGUGCACCUCUCUCUCACCGUGGAGGAGCCCGCUUCCAGGUGCAGUGAUGAACCCGUGGCAACAGGUGAGACCCCCGAAGAGGACGCCACGCUGUUCGUCCUGCCGUACCAGGAGGUGAAAUUCAACGUCAACUUCAUGUCACAGCUGGAGAGUGUUUUAGAGUUAGCCGUGGUUGGUCCCCCCGAACUCUACAGGACCGGCUUCAAAUCAGUCGGCCCCCUGUCAAUGAUGACCGUGGCCUGGGUCCGCUCCGAAAACAAACUGGCCCGCCUUUUGCCCAUCUGCUUUGCUGCAAAUACCAAGAGUUUGCAGUCAGAGCCCAGAUGCGUUUGGCUGUACCAAAGGGAAAUGAGGACACUACCUGCCGGAACAGAGCUGAGGUGUGAGGGGACAGAGAUGAAUCUGGUGCUCCCCGUCGCCUCCCUGGGUAACAUCAAUCUGGACGAACUGCAGCUCAACAGCCCCACCUGUCCUGUCACCUACAACAACACACACCUGAGAGCACGCAUCCCCUUGACUGGCUGUGGCACCAAGACUGUGCACUCCGGUUCAGAGCUGGUCUACACCAACACCUUGCAAAGUGUACGUCCCUACACUGUGGUCAGCCGCCAGCCCUCCCUCAUCCUCCCUCUCGCCUGCCGGAUCCCUGGAGCCCAGGUCAAGGGACCACAGUACAAGAUCGGCAUGCCAACAGAGGAAGAGACCUUUGGUCAGGUUACAUUUUGGAUGGAAUUCCACUUGCCAGGACAGGGGCCCCUGGCCAAAUUCACUCGCAUUCCCCGGCUACGCUCCAUCUACGUGCCGCCAGGACGAGUUCGUCGAGAGGCGGAAUCACCGUCAUGGAGAAACAUCACCUCCAACAGCAGUGGGGCCUUCGAGUCCAGGGUCGACCAGCUGGACCUCCAUGUGAUGUCAAACUGCAGCGUGGAUCGAGCCGAGCUGAUGGUGAGCAACUGCAUUGAGUCCGAGACGGAGGACUUUGCAGAGACCAGCCCCAUUCUGGAGCAAGGGUGCGCGGCUUCCAACAGCACACUAGAGAUUGUUACAACACAUACCAACUCCAAAGUUUACCGCCUUCAUUUGGACAACCUGGAGGCCAAGGGAUCAACGAUGUAUAUCCAGUGCACAGUCAAUCUGUGCAUCGCCACCAUGCCUUCUCAGGAGUGCCCUGAUCCGUGUGCCCGCUCCAUUAAUUACAGAGCACUGAUAAACAGUGUCUUUACCAAAACCUACACCAUCCGUUCGGGACCCGUUAGCCUUCUGGUCACCACGACGUCCACAGCAAUCGUCAGCACUAAUACGACCACUACUACAUCAACUAUAACUACUACAGCUGCCCAGAAAAAGACCACCUCACAUGCUCCAGAACGGGCCUCAACCGUGGUAGCAGGAGUGAUUCUAACAACUGUUUGCAUAUUUCUUCGAAACAUCUUUCUUCACUGAACAUGCUGCUGGACGAUGAUCUGUCAGAAUGUGGAGCACUGCAUUUCCCUGUUUGGGUCAUUUAACACAGAAUUAAUCCCACACAUGAAUUCCCAUGCUUCCACCGUAAAUACUAGGCUUUUUCAGAGAAUCUAAUAAAAGCCAGAGCACACUGCAUGACUGUCAAAAAAAAAAAAAAAAAAAAAAA